AUGGAGGAGGCCAUGCGGACAACCCCGGAUGCUGUGCUAGGCGAGGGCUACAAGGAUAUUGAGGCUAUUGAGGGUCAGAAGGAUGGUGGAACUUGUUAUGGUGAAGGUGGCAAUGUUAUAGUGGCAGAUGAGCCCGUGGGGAUUUCUGAAGACCCCAACCAACCCGAUGUUGCUAAGGCUGAUGAGCCAGAGGAGGGUGCUGAUGUAGAGGGGCAAACUAAUGUCAUUAGUGCUGCUGUGGAUCUUCUCACAGAGGUGGGUGCUGCUGUGUCAUCCUCCACACGGGUGGAUGAUCUCAUGGAGGUUGGCAUGCAAACCAAAGUGGUUAGUGCUGCUGCGGAUGAUCUCAUAGAGGUGGGUGCUGCCCUGGUAUCAUCCACGGAGGAUCGCAUAGCGGUGGCUGCUUGCCUGGUUAAUGAUGACUGCAAUAUAGUUUUCACUGGAGGUGUGCAUUGGUCGGAUGACCAAACUGAUCAGGAGUUUGGUGGUGGCUCCCUUGACGCUGAUGUGGUCGCUCCCUUGGUAAAUGAUGUACAAGAUGACAGUGGAAGGAUGUAUAUGGAUGUUGCAGCUAAUGAUCACGUGCAUGCUCAGGAUCAGGAAAGCCCACAGUUAGAUGUGGCGACAGCUCUGUUAAAUGAAGUGGAAACAGAGCUUGUGGAAGCUGGAGACCAUGUUGUACAGGACCGCGCAAAUAUGGAUAUGCAGAUCCAAACUGGACAUGACAGCGAGGCAGAACGUGUUGGCGCUAUUGCUGACACUGCCACAGAUGAGGAGGGCAAGCACAUGGGUGAAGUUACCACGACCAGAGAUGAUAGUGAGAAACAUGAUGGGGCAGUCGGUGUUGAUGUGCCUGAUGAGAGAAUACAAAUGAGUAGGGGUGGACUGUCUGGAGAUGAUAAUGAGCAAAAGGAAGUUGCAACAUCUGAUGAGGAUUGUGUGGAAGAGGAAGGCAUGCAGGUGGAUGCAGUAAACAUUACUGGAGACAUGGUUGAGGAAGGCAGAAUUGCUGUUGAAUACAUUGCAGGUGAAGCUGUAAAUGACGAGGGUGGUAUCGAUGUCCCUGAAGAAAAGGCUGCUCAGAUAGACAAGGCUGGUAAUGAUAUCCCUGAAGAAGAGGGUCUCCAAAUGGGGGGAGCUGGCUUGAUUGGCAAUGAUAAUGGGCUGAAAGAGGCUGUGAUAGCUGAUCACGACGGAGUGGAAGAAAAUGCCAUACUGACGGAGGCAGCUGCCACAACUAACGAUGAUGAUGAAGACAACAAAAUUGUUGGUGAAGAUGUUGCAGAAGCUGUCGAUGACAUAACUGGUGAUGAUGUCCCUGAAGAAGAGGCUGCGCAUAUGGAUGAUGACGAUGACGACGACGAGCCUCCUCCUUUAGUGGCAAAGAAAAGUGGAGGGCGUCGUAAGAGAGGCCGUCCAUCUUCCAAGGUACAGGCUGUGGUGAAACCAUCUGUAAAGAGGAAGGAUGAGGAGGAGGUCUGCUUCAUUUGCUUUGAUGGUGGUGAUCUUGUGAUUUGUGAUCGUAGGGGCUGCCCUAAAGCCUACCAUCCUUCUUGUGUUAAUCGGGAUGAUGACUUCUUCAAGUCAAAGGGUCGGUGGAACUGUGGGUGGCACAUUUGUAGCAACUGUCAGAAACCUGCCCGCCAUAUGUGCUACACAUGCACCUUUUCAUUAUGCAAGGCAUGCAUGAAAGAUGCAAAGUUUAGCUGUGUCAGAGAAAAUAAGGGCUUUUGUGAUACGUGCAUGAACACUGUUAUGUUGAUAGAGAAUAGAGAGGAGGCUGCAGACCCAAUGGAGGUGGAUUUUGAUGACAAAAGCAGCUGGUGGUAUUUGUUCAAGGACUAUUGGUUACAUUUGAAGACAAACUUGUCAUUGACAGUUGAGGAAAUAUCAGCAGCCAAGUCUCAGAAGAGUGGAGAAUUACCUGAUACUAAUGAGGAAGAAGUUAAUUUAGAGAGUUCAUCAGGGCGUCAUCUAGAAAACAAUACACCAAAAAAGAGGGGAAGGAAGCGAUCUAAACAAGCUGCCAUUGAGGAGGGUUCUGAAGGAAAAGAGGGCACUAGGAAAUCUGCCAAACGAGGCCUAUCAGGCAUUCAUGAUGCUCAGACUUCCUCAGGGAAAAAGGUUAGAAAAUUACCCAGGCGUUCUUUGAGCAGCCAGCAUUCAUCAAAAGACUCUGAAAGUGUUGGGACUUCUACAUCCUCAGCUGAAGAGGCCAGCUGGGCUUCUAAGGAGCUCAUAAACUUUGUAGCUCAUGCGAGAAAUGGUGAUAAGUCUGUGAUCAGUCAGUAUGAUGUUCAACCCCUUUUACUUGACUAUGUCAAACGCAACAAUCUGCGUGAUCCUCGUCGGAAAAGCCAGAUAAUUUGUGAUUCUUUGCUCCAAAGUCUCUUCGCAAAAGAACGUGUUGGGCAUUUUGAGAUGCUUAAGCUUCUUGAAUCACAUUUUCCCACGAGUGAGGUUUCACCAAUCGAUGCUGUUGAAAAUCAUGGUGGUGUAGUAGACCCUGAUCCUAGUCAGGAUGCUGAUGGUAACAGUGAAGCUUCAGUUGUUAUGAGUUCAGAAAAAAGAAGAAAAUCACGUAAGUAUGACCUGAGACAUCAGCCUAAUCUUGAUGACUAUGCAGCAAUAGAUAACCAUAACAUUGGCUUGAUGUACUUACGUCGCAACCUAAUGGAAGAAUUGAUUGGUGAUGUUGACACAUUUGAUGAGAAAGUUGUUGGAUCAUUUGUGAGAAUAAGAAUACCUGGUACAGGGCAAAGGCAAGACAUUUAUAGACUUGUACAAAUUGUUGGGACUGGAAAAUCUGCAGAAAAAUAUAAAUUUGGGAAAAGGACUACUGAUAUAACGCUAGAGAUACUAAACUUAGACAAGCGGGAGGCAGUAACUAUUGACAUAAUCUCAAACCAGGAGUUCACUGAGGAGGAGUGCAAACGCUUGCGUCAAAGCAUAAAGUAUGGGUUCAUUCCAAGACUGACAGUGGGAGAGGUUCAGGAGAAGGCAAGGGUUCUCCAAACUCUAAAAGUCAAUGAUUGGAUUGAAAGCGAAAAGAUGCGACUUGGCCAUCUUCGUGACCGUGCAAUAUUCACGCUUAGGGAAUGUGUAGAGAAGCUGAAAUUGCUAAGCACUCCUGAGGAGCGUGCUCGUAGGCUGAAUGAAGAACCUGAAAUACAUGCUGACCCUGCGAUGGAUCCAUAUUAUGAAUCUCCGGAGGAACAGGAGCAGGAAAUUGAAAGAAGUAGCUUCAAUAAGUCCAGAGGUUCUUUCUCGAGGAAAGAUGGUAAUCUUGUGUCUCCAGGUAAAGGAGAUGGUAGAAAUGCUGUACAGCGAGAUCCAAAAACCAACUGGGAAUCUAAUCGAAACACAUGGGCUGAAUCGAGUUCUCAUAUGGAAUCACCCCUUUCACGGAGGUCCACAUUUUCUUCUCAAGGCGAAAGUGCUGGUUAUACAAGUAAAUCAGAGAGCCCAAACAUUGGUGCACAAACAGUUAAACUGGAAGGCACCACGCGCAGUGCUCCACAAGAGUCACCUGGUGCCUCAUCUGGAAUUUUAGCUACUAACAUAGGUUCAGGGGCAAAAACUGCAUCUGAAUCAGUCAUUAACGACUCUGAGAAGAUCUGGCUGUACAUGGAUCCUUCUAAUAAAAUCCAAGGUCCUUUCUCAAUCAUACAGCUGCGGAAAUGGAACAGCAAUGGGUACUUCCCUCCUAGUUUGAAGAUAUGGAAAGCUAGUGAGAAGCAGGAUGAUUCCAUUCUAUUGACUGAUGCUUUGGCAGGGAAGUUUGAGAAAGAUCUUCCACCAUGGGAACCACCACAUGUUAGUUUGUCUCAAAUUAGCAAAACCCCUCUUGAGCAAAGCACAAUAGCUGGUGAACAAACUCCAAAAUCAGUAGUUGCAAAGUCUUUCUCAAGUAGUGAUCAAAGACAUGAUUAUAGUUCAACGAACCUUGGAACAACCAUGAUCCAUUCGGGCACACAAGGUUAUUAUGGGAUGCAAAAUUCUCAUGCAGCAUACACAAGCCAACAAUCUCUUACUGGAAGUUGGAAUGCUACGUCAAGUCAGUUUGGGGCUGCAGUAAAUCCUGUGACACCUACCCAGCCUGCCAUGGGAAGCUAUUCGGGACAAAAUAUUGUUGCUGCAGAAAAUAUCGGUCAUUUAACUCCUGGAAUGGCUCCUGCAACUGCAAAUGCAGAAAUGGUUAAUUCAGAUUUGACCUCCCAGAACCAAAUAUUAUCUUCUUUACCGCAAACGGAUGACAGAUUAGCUGAUGGCAUUGAAUCCAAAUCAGGAGAAGAUGUUUCACAUGGAAGAGUGAGCUCUUCAGCUGAAGCUAUCGGACAACUGGGUGCACAGCUUGGACCAGCACAACUGAACACUCAGCAACUUGAAGACACAAGAAACCAGAUGUCAUCCUCCAACUCAAUGAUGCCAUCGCAGAUGAUGUCAACACCAUCUGCUGCAUCAGUACAGCCUUCAUUGACAACCAUUGCUGGCAGUGAUAAUCAAAGCAGUGGGUGGGCUGUACCUGCACAAGUGGCGAACACACCUGGCCAAUCUCAGAUAACUGGAAAUAUGACCUGGGGAAAUACACCUCAGGGUGAUGCAAGCUUAGGUUGGGGAAUGAUGGGACAGAGCAAUAUGAAUAUGCCUUGGGUAGCAUCAGCUCAAGGUGCUUCAGGCUACAACAUGGGUGUAGCCAUGCCAACGCAGCCAAAUGCAGUUCCAAACAUGGGUUGGUUACCAAAUCCAGGAAACACCAGCAUGAACAUGAUCUGGGCUGCAACUCAAGGCCAGGGGACUCCAAAUGCAGCUGCUAUGAUGGGAGGUCAGAUGCAAGGAGUCGCAAUGGCCCCUUGGGGUGGUGUUGCAGCAGGAAAUGCAAAUUCUUAUCCUGCCUGGGGAAACCAACAAGCUGGAAACAUGAACCAAAACGUCGGCUGGAGUGCUCCUGUGCAGGGAAAUCCGGGUCAGGCUAAUAACAACAUGAACUGGAAUGCACCAAAUGGUAAUCCUAAUUGGAAUAAUCAGCAGAGAGAGAAUGGGGGCAGGCACUCUGGACACCUUGGUGCUUUUAGUGCUGGCGACUCAGGCGGAAGGUCAUGGAAGCAACACUCUGGUGGUGAUGGGGGGUCAAGAGGGCAUAGAGUACCUGCAGGUCCACGUGGAGUCUGCUGGACAUAUCUUGAGAAAGGCAACUGCUGGAAAGUUGACUGCAGAUACGACCAUCCAACAAACACAGAGGGAUAUCCAUCCAGGCCUGAUCGGCAUUACGGUAGGCAGCAUUCGGGCAAUGAGAGGCGAUAUGAGAAUCACAAUGAGAGAAAUGGUCGACAGUUUGAUAGGCAGCCUUCGGAUAAUGAAAGGCAGCAUGAUAGGCCUGAUGACAUGCAUGGUGGCAGGGAUGACGAUAGGCAUGAUGACAGGCAGGCUGAUAGGUCUCAGUCAAGAGAGCCGCGUUAG